AUGAUUGUGAGGAGCAUAGCCGCCCGGCAAGGCCGGAAAGCCCUCGCGGCACCCAUCAUCUCGACAUGCCGCCGCGGCAUCCAAACCGAGUCCCUCAUCGGCGAGUUCACCCCGGAGCAGCUCGAGGCCUUCACCACGCACGCCGCGCUCCGCGCCGGCGGCGCGGCCUCCAAGGGUCGGUACCCGGAACACGUCCGCGAGGCCAUCAAGCCGCUGCGCUCGACCGCCUCGCAGUGGAAGAAGUUCAAGGCCGCGCAGAAGGCGACGGACGGCAUCGGCUCGUCGGUCGGGCGGGCCUACGUGCCCUCGGAGUUGAUCAAGAACCCGCCGAGCCCGCGCGACGUCACGCUCGAGCUGCUGAUGGCGAGCCAGACGCACAUGGGCCACCACACCUCGCUGUGGAACCCGGCGAACGCGCGGUACAUUUAUGGUGCGAGGCAGGGGGUGCAUCUGAUUAGUCUGGAGGUCACGGCGGCGCAUCUGCGGCGGGCGGCGAGGCUGGUGGAGGAGGUGGCGUACCGCGGGGGUCUGAUUUUGUUCGUCGGCACGCGCAAGGGGCAGAUGGAGAUUGUGACGCGGGCGGCGCAGCUGGCGGGCGGGUGCCAUUUGUUCACGAAGUGGACGCCGGGGAAUGUGACGAACCGGGAUCUGAUCAAUCGCGGCAAGGAGAUCAAGGUGGUGGACGGCAAGGACAAGAAGCUGAAGGGGUUCGAGCGGUUCGAGCGCACGGCGCGGCCGUUGUUGCCGGAUUUGGUGGUCUCGCUGAACCCGAUGGAGAAUUACACGAUGCUGUACGAGUGCGGGCUGGCGAAUAUCCCGACGGUGGGCAUUAUUGAUACAAACGCGAACCCGGAUUGGGUUACGUACACGAUCCCGGCGAACGAUGACAGCUACCGCUCCGUCGCCGUCAUCGCCGGCGUGCUCGGCCGCGCGGGCCAGCAGGGCCAGAAGCGCCGCCUCGAGGCCGCGAACAACGGCACGGUCUCGUGGGAGGUUCCGACGCCGGUGCUGAAGUACAUCAAGGACACGAGGAAGGCGCACGAGAAGGAGGUGUUGAAGCAGCAGAAGGCGGGCGUGUACGUCGCGAACAGAAGCGACGCGGCGGCCCCUGGCGCUGGUGCUGCCGGUGCCGCCGGUGCCGAUGGGGCGGCGCCGCCGCUGAAGAAGAUGGUGGAGGCGCAGCGGGAGCAGGCCAUGUUCGGGGACGAGGCGCUCGAGAGCGAGAUUGAGGAGGCGGUUGACGCGGACAGGAUGGCGGAGGGGGCGCUGAACGAGCAGUUGAGGAAGGCGCUGUUGGAGCAGGAGUGA